GGCCAAUGGGAAUGCGGCGGGCGGACACCGCCUCACCCCCGCCCAAUAGGAGCCGGCGCUCGGCCUCCGGCCCCGCCCAGCUGCCUCACACCCAGCUAGCCCCGCCCCCCCAGCUGAAGAAGAAAAGCAAACGCCAUCGCUCUACCACAAAAUGGCGGCUGUGCCGCACCCGCCUUCGGCACAGACCCUGCCGCUCCGAGCGGAACGGAGCGGCGACAACGCCGGCCGGGGGUCCGCGGGCCGGCCGGGAACACAGCACAAGCGCCCCGCACCGCUCACGCCCCGCUUCCCCCGCGCUCGGCGGGGAAGCCCCCGAAGCUUUUACGAACCUGGGCUGUGGGUCUCGGAGCAGGCCGAGCCGGAGGGUUGCGCGGUGCGGCGCGGCAGAUGAUCGGCUGAUCGGUCGGGCGGAUACGUCCUCCCUGGGCGACAGACGGCUCCGAGUGCUGCGCAACACCGGCGCUGCGCCGCGAAAUGGAGGCGGCCCCGCGAGUCAGCGCCGCCCCGCGCGGCCAUUGGCGGAGGCGGUGGCCACGCCCCUCCCCGGGGAAUCCAGGUUGCUGCAGUAAAGGCAAGAGAUUCUCCCAAGGGGUAUUUGAAAUGAGGAAGACAUCUGGAAGUUGAAGAUUCAUCCGCCAGUUUUCCAGUACGGAGAGAGGCUGCAGCUCUGUGACCCUCUUUGCCAGAUUUGUGCACUGCAGGAUCAGUUGACUUUACACAAAAAGCCAGCAGGCUUACAGCUGCACCAGGCUGCCUCUUUUGAUGCAUUUUGAUAAUUACAGUAUGAUCCUUUUAAUAGCAUUUUCCUGACUUGUCACCUGAAGUCCCAUGCUGCCCUGAGUCCCAGCCCCUACCCCUUCCCUUUGGGGCCCAUCUUUGUGACACCCAGGGGCUGUUAUUAAUGACCUCUAUGGGAUGAAUUUCUCUUUUUCGUGCUUAGUCACUGACAUCUGUUUCCCUGGCACAAUACAGCACGUGAUGGUGCUGACAUCAUAGCUUUAUAUGACUGCCCCCACAGUCACUCCUCAAACUGCAACAGCAUGCAGAGUUCCAAAAAUGGGAAAGUUAUUUCUGCUGCAUGCAGUGAUGAGAAGGGCUACCAUGUAGCUAAAGGUUUGGUAAGGGCACUGUCAGCAUCACUCACAUCUUUCUUGGGUUCCAAAGAUGCACAUUUCUGUCCUGGGCAGAGGCAGUGUCUGUGAGAAAAGCCAGGAUGAUGCACAGAUGGGAAAAUCUGCAAUACAGGGAGAACUUUGAGCAAGGAAAGACAAUGCUGGUGAUUAUCCCUGUGGAUCAUAACCUUUGCCUGCUGAGGAAGAUAAAUGUUAGAUGGCACAUCUGAAUGUAAGAGUGCUAAUUUCAUAGAGAGUUACAGUGCUUUAACAGGUGCCAUGGGAACAGCCUGUUCUGUUCUGUCAACACCAGGACUCUCCUGUCUGCAGAGUGAACGUGUACACAAAGCUAAACCAGCAAAAGGUAGUGCUGGAAAAGGCAGUAAGCAGACUUCUAAAAUUUUACCUCCAUGAAAACCAGCUUGUAGUGAGAGAAAAACAAAACUGAAAAUAACUUCAGUUUCAACAAAACUGAAUAGAGAAGGGAGGAAGGGGCAGGAGUGCCCCUUUAAGGAAGAGCUGCCCAAUUUAGCAGUGCAAAGCUGCAGUUUAAAAAGCCUUGUCCUUGUACCUGGCAAGCAGAAUUCUCCCUGCAUCAGAACACUGGAUGAAAAGCAUCAAAACUCAGGAGAAGAUUCAGAAGACAACAAUCCCUCUUUAGGACAUUCCUGUGUUACCUAAGUCUGUUACCAGCAAAAAGGUGACAUACUCUUCUACUCUCAUGGAUUUCUCAUGUGAGGGUCAUGAGCAAGCACCUCUGUUUCCUGCCCAGUUUCUCCAAGUUUUCUGUAAACAGGCAGUGCUAUUCCUCCCUCUGGCUUGAGGCUGUCUGAAGACCACCUAGGCCUUGAUAAUAUUAUUGCUGCUGGCUAGCCCAGUAGUGUCCAUAUGCCUACAUUCCUGCAGUUCUGGUUGUUGAAAGACACAGAAACAGGCUAAAAUUCUUGUCGUUUAUUAAUCAAGGGAAUUAAGUAGAUACAGUUACUAUUUGGAAGUGAGAAAGUCAUGAGGCAGCAGAAGAUUAAAUGAAAGUUGAAACAAAUUCUCAGCCAGAUACGAUUAAUGUCUGCUUGUGGAAAACUGUUGAUAAGGAAAAACUCUUUGCUGUCUCUUCCAAAUUUAAAAAAUUAGUAAUUAAAAAAGUAAUCAAAUGAAACUAAUGAAGUCCAGGUCAAAAUGUGCAAAAAGAUGUAUUUCUUCACCAACUGUUAGUAACCUGUGGCAUAACUUGCUGUAGGAUGCUCUGGAUACAGGAAGUUUAUAUGGCCUCACCCUACAGGCAGUUUUAAACCAGGGAGGAGGAGGAAACAGGGGAAAAAGGAACAAGAGAGAAAAAAAGAGACUCCAGUUCAGAGACUGCCUAGCAUUGCUGAAGACCUUCUACAAAACCUGCUGUCCCACAGAUCCACAGUGAAGCUGCUGUAUAAGCCAUGUAGCCAGAGACUCAGCACUUUGCCCAGUUCUGCCAGACUUCUGGAAUGAAUGCUACUGGUGAAUAUAUUUGUUACUUCUUCCAUCAUGGUCAUCUGUGUUAUUCUCCUCUACUGUUCUUUAGUUUCUCCUUUCCUGUACUCUUAGUUAUCUAUGAACUCUCUGUUCUGUUUUUUUCCAAGCUCCAUGACUAACUAAACUAACAUAUUUCUGUUACUGCUACAUAAGUGUAGCUCUCUCAAAAGUAGCACUAACAGGGGUUCAAGAACAGCUUUACAAAAGUUUCAAGUAGGUAGCAAACACUGAAUAGAGAAUUUAAUCAUUGAGCACCAAUUGCUUUUCUUCAAAAUAUUUGGAAAAAGAAAAUGGAAAUUUACCAAAAAAUAAUAGAAUAACACAUUCAGAAAUGAGUUUUUCACAGGUUAUUUUUUUUUUUUUGUUUGUUUUUCCACUUUUUGGGAAAGCUAAGCUUUUUUAAUUGCUCAGAUCUAAAAAUAUAGAUUUCUUGUAUCUUAGUGUCAGGCUGAGAGCCCUUGCCCACCACCCAGAAGUAUAUUUAGCAAGUAGAAUCUUUUUUUUUUGGCAGACUGUAAUUCAGGGUGAAAGGUGCUGCCCUGGGGCUGUGUCACUGAGCAGUCAGUAGAGUUCGGGAGCCUGACUGAGCGCUGCUCUUCCACAGCCCAGACACACCCUCACAGCCUCACCAGCCUUGUUUCAGCGGGCUACUGCCAGAAUGCCCUGGAUAACAGCUCCUCACUCUCAUCCUUUCCAGCCAAAUGUAAUAAUUAAUAUCCCAUUAAUU